AUGGACACGGUUUACAGCACCAAGAAAUACCUGCAAACUCUCACGGCAGGAAGUGACUACUACAGGAGCCCCAGUACAGUUAGACAAAUGUCGCACGAUUACACAUCGUACCACAACACGAUGGGACGGCGCUCCACCCUCAAUCCCUACACCCACAUGACCAACAAAUACUCCUACCCGACCGACCACAGCCUCAGCAGCCACUACGGGUACAAUUCGUGGGGCUUAUGGCGGGAUUCUGCCAAUUUGUCACUAUCGGCGUUGUCAUCAACGAAAAAACGUGGUGUGAAAUCCUUUUCAAUAAUCCUGAUGACUGCCGCUUUUAUCGUGGUCCUGGCGGUGCUCUCAGUCGCCGGAUUGGCCUUCUACUUCAGCACGUUUCGCUCGGAAAUGGAUGACUCGUUGCUCGUGUUCGACGGCUCAUUCCAAGUGAUGCGCGGCGACAUGUACACCACGGGCCUCAAAUAUAACCACACGUCAGCUUUCCGGCAGAAGCAGCAGUUCUACGAGCGUCUCGUUGACAAUGCAAUGGUCAGCGGAGGUCUCAGGACCACUAGAUGCGACGUGAUGGGAUUCGGCAGUGGACCUCUGAUCAAUGUCAACUUUAGGGUGUUUGUCGACAUCAAAAGCUCACCUCCCAUGACAAUGACGAAUGUGGAGGAGCACAUAAAGAAUUCGCUGCUGAACGAAGUCACGUCCUCAAACUCAUCCUUCAGGAACAUUAAAAUAGACCCCGACUCGAUUGAGGUGAAGCGAUCGCUGGAUGUUGAGGCGCUCAAGUCGUCGUCAUUUGUCAGGGAGAUCGAUAUGGCAACCGAGACCACCACCAGAGUCACACCGGCCUUUGAUGAGCGCAUCACGAAAAAAUCGGGUGUCAUCGAGAAGACAAUACACAAGUUUUCAUCGUCAACGACGCGACAGACGCCCAAGCCCACUAACAGCACCCCAUCAGUUAUUCAGGGCUCAUAUGAAAUCACGAAGACCGAGGCGGACCUGACAUACAGGAAGGAUUAUUCCACUCCAACAGUGGGCACCACCGACGUCGCGACGGGCGUCACACUGAAACCAAUCGUCAAUCAUGCCACAAUUAAAGUGAAGAGUUCGUCAAAGAAGGGUGCUGCUGUCUCCACAGUGGAAAAGGUUAACGCCACGCGGACUCACAAUGUGGGAAAGGUGGAUAAAGUGGAGAAUCCCGUGCGCACUACAACCACAGCUCCCGUGACUGUGACACCCGUGACGAGUACCGAGAGCACAACGAGCACCACAGAGAGGCUGGAGACGAUAAGUGACACUCCCUCAAUUGCCGCUUCAUCGACCACAGAGAGUGCUAGUCAAGUGAGCACCGAAGAGGCGAAAGAGGAUUCAAGUCACGAGACUGGCGCCAAUAACAAAAACCCUCCGAAGCUGGAUGUGAAUCUCUUCACAAGCUCUCCAGUGCUGGAUCGCGAGCCAUGGCGUCCCAUCAAUCCGUCCACUCCGUCCAGGAAACCCACCGAGGAGACACCCAUCGCCAAGGUGCCCACGAUUCCGUCCAAGAAGGAGGAAGUGGUGUACAGGAAUAGGGGAGACAUCCUGGCGACGGAGAAGACGCAUCCCAUCUACUACCAGAGUUACACCAAUCCAUCCUUCUCGGCGACAACGAUGGGCAUUGAGCGACUGGGGGCGGCCGACGUGAGACCCUAUCCGCUGCCGGUGAAUAAGUUGUAUGACGAGGACGCUGGCAAUCUGGGACAGUUGAAUCAAGGAGAGGUGAUUCGCAACCCGAGCUCUGGACUGAAGGUGAACUACGACGACUAUCACAUGCACGGAGAUCGUUUUGAGCAUCUGGGCGGAGGAGUGAUUGUGAAGAAGUCUGAGUCCACGGAGGCUUCGCAAGAGAAUAAUUCGAGCGCCGAGGCCGUGCCAGAAGUGUCAACUGUGGAGAAUAAUGAAGACACCACCCUGUCACCGGAUGGCGUGGAGGAAUCCGACCAUUUGGGAGAUAUCCUCUAUGAUUUGCUGAGCAGCGGUGAACGAUUCACGGACGGAGUGAGCACCACUGAGAAGAUAAACUUCAACAACAUUCGCGAGCAUGUCCUCAACAUGGCCAGAAACGCCAGUUCCACCGCGACUGUAGAGAGUGCAACCACCACUGCGGGAAACUCAACCAUUGAGCCGACCACGACAUCUUCGUAUGUGGAAGUUGAGACGCUGGACUACACUCCAGCAUCGUGGGAGCCACCAGCCCUCUUCCCCAUCCAAACUAAGUGGGAGUUUGUCAACGGAUCAUCUGUGCUCGUUCCUGAGACUGUUCCCAUGAAGAGGAUCUACAAUGACACUUUGCAGGCUUGGAUUGUUGAGAAUUCACAGCAGGAACAGGAGCCCAACAGACUUCAGGAAUUGACAUCGAAGAAGCAGGAUUCCGGCAACAUUCAGAACAUUUCUGCCAUUUUCGACACUCUGGCCUCCAAGUUAGGAAUCACGCCCAACAUCGCCAGCAAAGUGCCGCCGUUCCUCACGUCCAAGAAGAACCGAACGCGAGCUCCGUCAACAACCACCGAGAGUUUAACAAGGGAAACAACAACAACGGUCAGAAUGACGACAACAGAGCCCGCAACAACCAUCAAAUCAACAACUGAAAGCCCUAGUAGUUCGGUUUCUACGGAAACCGAAGUGAUAUUGGUGCGAUCAUCUUCGGAAACUACCCCUAAUCUAUCGUCGGAAACAAUUUCCGGCAUGGCUGAAGUCGAGGAGGUCGAUCCGGCGAUAUUUGAAGAGAUGAUGAGGAGAUCCUCCACAACGAAGAUGCCUCCACUCGUGACUCUCCUUCCGGCGAGAUCCAAUUUGGGCGUUAGGACCUUCAGGCCACCCAUCAAGCACUUAGAUAGUCGAAACUUCAAGACACCCUUAGCUAGAAUCGUAACGGCAAGCAUGAGCGUUGGCAACUGA